GUGUAGCCUUCUCAAGACUCCGGUGACUCUCAAGACUUCCCAAGUAAGACGCAUGCAUUCUAGUAUCUCCUGGGCUCCUAGCAUUUGCUAGCUUACAAGUGGUAUCGAGACCAGAACUAGUCGCAUUUUUUCUUUGUUAGCGUGAACUAACGCAGGGGCGCGAAGAACCGCGUCCCCAUUGGCGGCCCCGCUCCGGCGGCGGCCCCCAACUUUGUUAGUUUCACUGAGACCGUCUUUCAGACCGUCAAUACAAACCGGUUCGCCUCAGGCACCGCGUUGAGCUGAGCCCGCGCUAAGCGCCGGCCUUAUCCACAAUGGCUAUGAUUCGCGAGGGCUUCGAGCCCAGCGAUAAGCUGUGUGGCUUGUGGGUUAAGAUCAUUACCCAAAAGGCUGCAAUUCUCAAUGCCGCCUCUUCAACUCUCCCCUGCCUCAAUUUGAACUUGCGGCGGCAGAGAUUGGUGAAAACCUCCCGCUCUCUCGUGCUACGACCCGAGCUCGUUUGCGAGUACUGAUCGGCAUCGAUUAUGCCCUUUCACAGGGCCUUGAGAUGCCGGAACCCAUGGAGGCCGACCUGCACGGCGGCGCUGCUGGCACCGAGCUUGCGCUCGCGCUGCCGGUGGACCCCCCGGCACCGGCCCCCGACCCCAACCUGGCGCUCAUCCUCGCGCGGAUCGCCGAGCUGGAGGCACAGGUGGCCGCCAAGACGGCUGCUGACGCCGUCGUGGCCGCCACGGCGGGCGCCGCAGGCGCCGGCCCCUCCAACGCGCCGGUGCUCGCGCUGCCGGCGCCGGCCGCCGCGGCGCCCUCCCCGGUGAGUGCGACGGGCGCACAACAGAACCAGGGCAUAGGCGACAUUCCUGUGCCGGUAGUCCUAGAGCAGGCCUUUGGCGCCGCACACAUGCAAGACGUGAUGCAGCGCCGCGCCGUUCAGGAUGCCGCUAUUGCCACUGCUGCCUGCGCCGCUGCUGCACAGGGUGGAACCGACAGGUCGCUGGCCGAGGCCGUCGCGCGCGAGUGGCCCAGCCUCAAGUCGGCGCAGCAGCGCGCCCUCUACCUCAGCCUGGCUGACUGGGCCGGCUGCAUGUACUCCUACUCCAACCAGAAGCUGAAGGAGAUGGAGUGCGCCGAGCUCCCGCCCCAGCUGGCGCACUCGUGGCUGUACCCGAUCGCGGCCGGCGCCUACGAGCAGGCGCGCCAGAUCGCCACCGACCGCGCGGCAGCCCGCAACCAGCAGGUAACUGAUGGGACGGGCGCGGGGCCUAGCUCGGGUGUGGGCACCCCGCAGCGCGCGGGUGCCAUGGGCGAGGUGGCUGAACCGGGUGCCGGCGGCACAGUGCCGUCGGCUGAGUACGCCGUGCCGGAGGGCUUUGACGCCCGGGAUAUGGAGAACGUGAACAUUCCCAAAUUCAGCGGCACGGUGGGCGGAAACAUUCAGUCCGCUAAGACGUGGUUCGAGGUGCUGAUGCGCUACCUAGCGUUGCGCGGACGCAACCCCAUCGCGCACUUCUUGUUCUACCUGUCGGGCAUCGUGCUAGAGUGGGGAUCCACCUUCCUAGCGGAACAGGACGCUAAGACUGCGGCGGGCACCCCGCCGCUCACAGUCGCAGGCCUCCGCAACGAGUUCCUGAGCGUGUUUGACAACCCGCUGCACAGCUGCCCGCAGGAAGCGCGCCGAAAACUCUCUCGGCUGAAGAUGGGGUCCUCGUACAUCACCUAUCUCACUCAAUUCCGCAUCCUGAUGCUGCAAGCUGGCCAUAUGAACGAGGUGGACAAAAUCCAUUACUUUCAGGAGGGAUUGACGGGACAUUUUUGACAAAUUGGCAGGCUCGGCGGUGUAUUCCACGCUCGAUAUGAAAGCGUGCUAUCACCAAUUUAGGAUUGAUCCAAAGGAAAUUCCACCUACGGCGUUUAUUACCCCGUUCGGACAGUACGCGUGGCGUGUGUGCCCGAUGGGACUGUGCAACAGCCCGUCACACGUCAUGGCCGCGGUGAAUACAAUUCUCUCCAAGGCUGGCCUAGGAGAGUACACGAUGGCGUACUUAGACGACGUUAUCAUCUAUUCCAAAUCCGCAGAAGACCAUGCAAAGCACCUUGACGCCGUGCUCACGGCGUUAGGGCAGGCACACCUGCGUGUCAAACUGUCCAAGUGUGUUUUCAACCGUCCCGAGCUGCCCUUUCUGGGGCACAUUGUGGGGCGUUCCGGGUUACGCAUGGACCCCAAAAAGGUUCAGGUGGUCCAAGAUUGGAUCGCGCCAACUGACCUUAAACAGCUGCGGCGUUUCCUUGGCUUAGCCAACUACUUC